AUGUUGUGUACAUGGCCUCCAAUUUGCUUGUAUUAAUGUCCAGGUCCAGCCCAUUUGGUUGAUGAUAGAAUCUGAAAUCUUUCGGACAUGUCAAAAAAUAAAAUAAAAUAACUUCCAUGCAAAAUGAAGAGGAAGAGAAUAUUAUAAAAGAGAGAAUCCCAUCAACAAAGCCCCCUUCUGGAGGUGCUCUUUCUCUAUGCAAAUCGAUGGUGCACCAGAUGUGAAUUGGUGGCUAGAUGGUGCCUAAUGGGGUUUCAGAGAUCCAACAAGUUGAACAGACCAGCAAGGCAGAUUCAUCAAGGAAAGCAAAGGAAAUUGCAGCAAGAAAAGGAAUAACAAGGCCCCCACUUAAUUUCCUAGCGAUUUUGAAAGAUGCAAAUAUAUCAAUUGACAUGUCUUCCCCUGACAAGCUGUGUGAGCAGCUCUACUCUGGAGUAUACUUAAAGCCCAACAAACUGAAGUAUUUUGUCGACAAGAAGUCAAACAAGAACUGCUUUGUGCUAUUUGCAAGAGAACUUAAUAUCAGUUGGAUUGAUAAGCCUCAAUAUUGGCGAUGGACCACAUUGAAGGAGACAAGUGGUGAAGAGAUUGAAGUGGCUGAGCUAUUACAGGUAUGUUGGUUAGAUGUUAGAGGGCAAUUUAAUGGGGCAAUUGAUCUCUCACCAGGAAUAGUUUACGAAAUUGUUUUUGUUGUGAGGAUGAUCAAAUAUGAAGAUUUCUCGUUAAAACUUACCAUCAUUCUUCCAAAUUCAAAAAAGCUAACACGCAAUGAAAGUCUAAAUGAAAAGCCUUUAGAAAGUUGGUUUGAUAUCCAGUUGGGUGAGUUUAAAAUGUCACCAGAAAACGUUGGACCGAUGGAAUUCUCUCUGGAGGAUCAUACUGAACUGUGGAAGAGUGGGCUUAUUGUGAAAUGUGCUAUCAUUCGACCGAAGAAGGAGACAGAGUAAAAUAUUUUACAGCAUUGCUAGGAAUAAAUUAGUUUAUUUAUUUAUUUAUUUUUGAUGUGUAGUUUAUUAGGUAUCAUAUCUUUAUUUUAGCAAACUGGCAAGUGAUGUGUGACCUCCUGUGUAAUGUAAUCAAUAAGUGAAACAAAACUUU